AUGGCUGCUGGGGAAUGUGGGGCAGUUUGGGGGCCUCAGAGACCACAGACCCACGAACGGGAUGCUGUGCGCCUCACCCCGGAUCAAAUUGACCUCAUCCGCCUCAUGUGUGCCUCCUAUUCUGAGCUGGAGCUUGUGACCUCACUUAAAGCUCUCAACAAUACCCGGAAGUUGGCUUGCCUCAUUGGUGUGGAGGGCGGCCACUCACUGGACAGUAGCCUCUCCAUCUUGCGUACCUUCUAUGCGCUGGGUGUGCGCUACGUGACACUCACCCACACCUGCAACACGCCCUGUCAUGGCCACCAGUCAGACUGCCUCCUGGCCAUCCUGCAGGGCACAGAGCUCAGCAAAGGGGAUCCACCCCUUCUACAGCAAUGUCAGUCGGCUGACCGGCUUGGGCGAGAAGGUGGUGGCAGAAAUGAACCGCCUGGGCAUGAUGGUGGACUUGUCCCAUGUCUCGAUGCUGUGGCACGGCGAGCCCUAGAAGUGUCACAGGCACCUGUCAUCUUCUCCCACUCAGCUGCCCGGGGUGUGUGCAAGAACACUCGGAAUGAUCCUGAUGAUAUCCUGCAGCUUCUGGCUGCAAAAAGGGGAAUCAACAGAGGCCAGUCAUCACCCCCACCCCUGCCCUGGAAGCCCCACACUGCUGACUUCCCAUUCUUCAGAUCACUUCGACCACAUCAGGGCAGUCACUGGAUGCAAGUUCAUCGGGAUUGGCGGAGAUUAUGACGGGGCUGGCCGGUGAGUGCUUCCCCAUGGCUUGUCUCGGGCUGGCUGGGCAGCAGUGGGGCUUUCACAGCCACCGUGCCCACCACACUGUGGUCCUCAUGGCCUUGACCAUAGCCUCAGGUGUGCUGGCCCAACUGGUAUCUCCCCUCUCCCAGGGUCUGCUUCCUGGGCUCUCCUGUCUGCUUGGCCCUACUCUAGGUCAUCAUAUUUGUCUAAAACACCACACAGAGCUCAU